AUGCAUUUCUCUCAUCUCGCAACCAUUUCUAGCCUGCUGGCUCUCGCUGCUAGCAGUCCGAUCAUGCCUAGUAAGGAGGCAACUACUCUUCAACGAAUGAUCCUCAUAGCUUACGCUUGCUCGCCAGUGACGAAUGACAUGCUCCCAAAAAGGCAGUACCGAGCUUCAGGCUUCUCCAAAUAUUCCCCACAGAAUGCCGAUGAUGAGGGUCUGCUUGAGAAGAGGCAGUACCGAGCUUCAGGCUUCUCCAAAUAUUCCCCACAGAAUGCCGAUGAUGAGGGUCUGCUUGAGAAGAGGCAGUACCGAGCUUCAGGCUUCUCCAAAUAUUCCCCACAGAAUGCCGAUGACGAGGGUCUACUUGAGAAGAGGCAGUACCGAGCUUCAGGCUUCUCCAAAUAUUCCCCACAGAAUGCCGAUGAGGACAAACGCCGUGGUUGGGUGACGUACACAUUCUUUAAGGAGAAGAUAUUGGACUUGUAUGCUGCUUCACACUAUCGAACAUACUCAUAUAACGACAUGUAUCUUUUGCCGUGCGAAAUGCUCUCUCUCAUGCACCAUCCCGUAGGCGUCCUCGAGUUUGGGCGGAAGUCGGCCAGGGGUGCAGCGCUCGAGUCACUCUCGUACAGGUCACGAACACUCUACUCCAACAACUUAGCCGACAAUGUGCAGCGCUUUUGGGUACAACAUGCUUGGUCUGGCUCAAAUUCGCAGGGACGUCUGCUUCCUGUGACGCGUAAGCUCAGUCACAUGACAACACGUGACUUCUUGGCAGGAGAAGGAUUUUCACACUGUAUUUCAGAACAUAGAAUAGGAGAAUAG